AUGGUGCCAGGUCUGGCCAGUCCGCCUUCCACAGCGUCCAGCUACAGUCCAUCAACUCUCAAUGCUCCACCUCCAUCAACGACAUUCGACAUCGUAGCACACUACAACAAAACCACAAAAGCAGACCCCGACUUGCCAGCACCACUUGCAGCCAUCGAGUCCCUGAUCACCCUGUUGAAGGAGAACCCUCUCACGACAAUAGCGGAAACACUAGCCCUCAACGAACACCAAACCACAGUCCUCUUAUCAUCACAACGCAAUCCCAUACCUCUCUCCGCCGGCACAGACCUCUUCCAACGCUACAUAAUCUCCUCGUUCCAAGCUAGACCUUCGUUCCUGCACCACGCCGACUUCAGCGCACUACGCAGCCACCUCAUCAGCAACAGCCGCCUAUUCAUCGCCCGGGCAAAACUCGCCUCGGGCAAAAUCGCCUCACACGUCCUCCCAUUCAUCAAAGACGACUCAACCCUCUUCACCUACGCCUCCUCCUCGCCAGUAAUCAAAGCAAUCCUAACCGCAACCUCCGAGCAAUGGCACUACACCUCCGUCGCACACAUCACCUCAGCCACAUGCCCGACCCCACCCAUCAUCAAAUCCCAAUCAACAGAAACCACAAACCUCCCCUUCCACGAAGUAACCUACGCCCUCUCCAGCCUAGGCGUCUCGCAACACAACACCACCCUCUUCAUCCUCCCCGCACAAGCAGUCCUCGAGAACGGCUCCGUCGUGGCUGCACUCGGCACCCAUCAACUCGCCAUCCUAGCCCGCGCCUACGGCAUUCCAUUCUACUUCGUCGUCGAGUCCUUCAAGUUCGUGCGCUCUUUCCCGCUCGGUACAGGCUCUUCAGAUCUGGCUCGCAUGGAUGUGCGGCAGCCGACGUUGCGAUUUGCGGACAGCGAAGGGCAGAUCAGCGGCAGUGAAGAAGAGAAGUCGAGAAAGGGCACGCAGCACGCAGGACCCCUGACGGAAGAGGAGGAGAAGGUCGACAUCACGCCUGCAGAUUUGAUUACGGCGCUGAUAACGGAGAAUGGGACCAUGACACCACAAGCUGUGAGCGAAGAAUUGAUCAAGCUCUGGUUUUGA